AAGAGCCAUGCUGAAUUAACAGACGUUUUCUUUGUUAUUUCAUGACAGACAACAGUCUAAAACAUUGUCAGUGUCGACCUCAACGUUCUCUUGUGAAAAAGAUCACAAUUAGUAUUAAACCGGAAGUACUCAACGUGUGGCACGAUUGAACAAAGUUUUAAAAUGAGUAGGGGUGGUAACAAGCCUCAGCCUCCUACAGAUGAAGAACUACUUUAUAUUAUUGACACUGAAGACAUUGUUGAGGUCAUUGAAUUAGACGAUGAUGAUUUUGCUGACCUACUUUCAAGUGAUGAAAACAACGAUGAUGAUGAUGAUCAAGAAGAAGGCGUGGAAAAAGGGAAGACUGGUAACACCGGCCCAAUUGAGACUGGUCACAUCAGCACAGUUAUUGCAUUUGAUAACACGGGUGUAAUUGAGUCUGAUGACACCAGUGCAAUCCAGUCUGAUGACACCGGUGCAAUCCAGUCUGAUGACACCGGUGCAGUUCAGUCUGACAACACUGUAGUGUUUAAAGGACAUGGCGAUGCUGUAUUUUGUGUCAGUAUCGAACCAGUCAUUUUCAAGUAUGCAGUGACAGGAGGACAAGAUGACAAGGCGAUUGUUUGGAAUGUGAAGACUGGUGAAACGGUCUUUGAAUGCACAGGACACAAGGAUUCUGUAACUGCCGUGGGUUUUAGUCACGAUGGUGACCUCAUUGCUACUGGCGAUCUCGGUGGAUUUAUACAAGUUUGGGAUUUCGCAACCCAGCAGGUGGUCUGGGAGUUUGAGUGCAGCGAUAUCGAGUGGUUAAAGUGGCACCAUAAUUCACACGUGCUGUUUGCUGGCACCUCCGACGGAAACUUUUGGAUGUUUAAGAUAUCCUCAGAAGAAACAAAAACAUUUCCAGGUCACGGCCCGUCGGCAGCUAGCGGAGUUAUCUGCCCAGAUGGUAAAAGAGCCUGCGUUGGCUACCAGGAUGGAGUGAUAAAGAUCUGGAAUUUAGAGAAAACAACAUGUGUGCAUACAAUCUCAGGUGCUAAUGCUCACGCCUCGUCUGUUGUCAGUUUGGCCUGUCACCAUGACAACGUACUCAUCGUCAGUGGGGCUACAGACAACACAGCCAAGCUGAUAAAUACGGAAACGGGAAAGGUUGUAGCCACACUACCCUGCAGUGGCAAACCAGGUGCAGCAGCAGAGAGCGAGUCGGUAGAGGCUGUCGGCUUUUCACCAGUAAUGCCGUGGGUGGCUACAGGAAAUUUGACUGGGGAGUUAGAGAUCUGGGAUCUUUCAUCUCACAUUGUGAGACAACGUUGUCACCACGAGCGCGGUAUUGUGAAGCUGAUGUGGGAUAAGGAAUCGCCGUUUGUGUACACAGCCAGCCUUGAUGGUCAACUCCAGUUGUGGGACGCGCGGAACGGGGAAAUCAUAAAACAGUGGAAAGGGCACACGGCAGAAAUUCUAGAUUUUGAUAUAUCAUUCAAAGGGCACAUCAUAAUAACCACGUCGGAAGACAAGACAGCCCGGGUUUUUCCAUCUGCUACUUCUGGAAAAUCCUGAUUGGACAAUUCUCUUACAAGUUGAAAAACUGUCGUGUUCCGGAUUGGUUGAUGGGUGCAUCUAACUUAUUCUGAUUGGUUGAAUGGCUUGUCUGACUUCAGUUGAGCUUUUGUUGUCGCACUGCAGAACUUAGCAGGAUCUGUUGUGAUUGGUCAAUUUGGACAUAAAGCUUAUUGUGAUUCGUCGAUUGGUUUUAUCUGGCUUAUUCUGAUUGUUUGGUGGGUUGGCUCAGUGGAUGCAGCUCAAUGAUGGAUGGGUAUUGAUGGAUUGAUUUCCUUUCAUGGCACCAUGAUGACUGUGGUCCAUGCCAAUCACUGUUCCGCAAGAGUGAUCAAUUCUAUCCUGUCCAAAAAAAGUAAAUAAUAAAGUUAAAAUGUGUGUGCAAUAUUUAUGGGCAUAUGGGUUGAAAUUUUAGUGGGGGGAAGGGCAUCAGAAAGAAUUUACCCUUAUUUUUCUCAAUGUAAAAUUCUGUCUUUACUACCAUAUUUCUCCAAGUACAAUUCUUUGCUCAGAAGAAUUUUUUUAUUACUUUCGGUGUUGACCCCACCCAACAACUUUCGGAGUUUCUUUCAUUACAUUACUAACCUUAAAGUCUUAGAAAUUGAUGAAUAAUAAUAUUUUUAUUAAUAAUUUUUAGAUAAAUGAUAGUAAGAGAAGUGCUGUUGACAAUUUUGUCAAGUGCAUGAACUGUAGAGUUCAAUUUCAAAAUAUUCCAGACCCAUAACCACCUAGUAGAGACACGUAUGGUCUGUUUUGUUUUUAUUAUCAUUAUUAUGCACCCUCAAAUUAUU